CGAUAUCCAGUAUGAGUCUCAGUUAGGUUUUCGCAGCUCAAGCUGAUAUCGCGAUGGGGCUUCGGGAGCCCCAGCUAGCAGCAACCCUCCCCCUGGAACUUUAUCGAUCGGCAAUCUUGAACCAAACAUGUGACUAUCCAACGCCAAUCAGCACAGUGAAUGGAUGAACAGUGUCACCCUACCCAAGUCACUGAAAUCCCUGGGGAUAUCGUACCCACUUGGGUACCUCCAGAAUUCAACCUUCAGCGUGACCCUCAACUCCCUUUCGCAGCUCAAGCCGACAGUGCUUUGAGAGCCCCAGCAGCACUGGCAUUGGCAGCAGCCCCUCCGAACUUUUAUCGAUCAGCAAAGUGGUCCCCGGAUGGUUCGUGCGCGUUAACUGCAGACGAAUCCAUAACGUGUAGAAUCCACAGGCUCAAAGCUACCGAUGGAGUGACUUCAUUAGAUACAACAUGUACUCUUCCCCAACCGGCUCCCAUUCUGGAUGGAGUAUGGUACCCAGGAGCAUCGAUACAAAGCCCCGAAACCUUCUGCUUCGUGGCGUCCGUUCGGAACUGCCCCGUGAAACUUCUUGACGCCUCAUCCGGUAGGUUACGAGCUUCGUAUCGAAUCGUGGAUCAUCGUGAACGCUUCGUCGCGCCUCACAGUAUGGCAUUCGAUCCUACGAUGACAAAGUUAUACUGCGGCUGCGUCGACUUUAUCGAAAUAUUUGACCUUCAGCAACCUGGGGAUGGCGUUCGUCUCGCUACCACCCCAUCAAAGAAGAGUCGCGACGGCUUGAAAGGCAUCAUCUCAGCUAUAUCCUUCUGUUCCGAUUAUAGUGGUCUCUACGCUGCUGCAACUUACUCCACAACACCCAACGCUAUCGCCUUAUUCGAUCCAGAAGUAGGCGAAAGUGGGGACGUACGACCAGGUGGCGUCACCCAACUCCUUUUCCACCCUACUCAGCCGCACAUCUUGUUCGCUGCGUCUAGGAGAAGUCCCGUCGUUCAAGUGUGGGAUUUGCGAAAUCCGUUAUGCGUUGCUGCGGAGUUGGAUCGAUGGACGAGUGAAGGGAAGCUGACGAAUCAGAGGUUGAAGUUCGAUGUGGAUUUGGGGGGAAGUGGCUUGCAGCUGGCUGGUUGGCUCUCCAUAUUUGACGUAUCCAAUGGAUUAAGUUUCAAUACUGAACCUGUUUUGAAGUUCAGGGCUCACAAUGAUGCUAUUGGAUCAGUGUCAUUCCAUCCUAUUCAAUCCUUGGCGUUAACGGUAUCAGGCUCGCGACAUUUCGACGUUACAUCUCCGGCGUUACCCCCUUCCAGGCCAGCUAGUACUACAGAUAUGACAUCCGACUCUGGGAGUGACUCUAGCCUCGAUGAGGAACUUGAGAACAAUGGAAUUAUAGUUCAUGAUCCUACUAUCAAGCUCUGGAACUUCUCUCCUCAGUCAACCAUCCCGCAUUCUCCAAAGUAAUGCAAGAAUAUUAUCACUAUACGUACGCUUGGAUAAAAUCAAGUGAAUGUAAAAAAAGGGCACCAUAAUUAUCCAAAAAAUGCAAUAUAAGAUCAUCAUGAAUCAAAUGAAGGCCAAAGACCAGUGCAGAGAAAUGGGGUAUCAAGCUGGUGAGAUUUCAUUCUAGUCACUGGCUCAAGGAGAUUGGGUCUCCAGAAGGGGAGUGGUGGGAGAAGCAUGAGGAGUAGCGGUUUAGAUUUGUUCAUAUUCACUUCAUUCAUUUUAUAUUACCUAUAUUGCUUUUGAUGUCAGUUUAUUUCCAUCACUUUCCUUUCUGUUCUGUGGCCCCAUGGACUAUUCAUUCCUGGACACAUGGAUUUUCACUUAUAGUCCACUGUUUUUCCUUGUAUGAUACAGAGAACUUCC